AUGAAUUCCGAUAAAAAUGAUGAAAUUAACAGUUUGAAUAAAAUAAACAUUAUUUUUCAAGACGGAAAUAAAAAUAAUAUGCACAAUACGCAUUCAAUAAAUAUUCAAACUGAUAAUACUGCAACAGAUAAAAAAAAACCGAAGGAUAAAGUAACUAUAACUGUAGACGAAGAUGAUCCAUGUCUUCAACAGGAAAAAGAGGAAAGUAAACAUGUUUAUGUAUCUUUUGGUGAAGAUCCUAGAUUUCAACAACAAAAUCAAACAUUACGUUGUUGGGUAAUGUAUACUGAUUUUCACCGUUGCAAAAAUAUCUUAGGCGCGGAAACAGAUGCAUGUAAUUGGUUUAAACAAGUUUACACGAGUAUAUGUGCGAAUGAAUGGAUUUAUCGAUGGAAUAAACUUAAAGCUGAAGGAAAAUUACGAUUUUAG